GUACUUUUCUCUGUGCCGUUCUACGUGAUGCGAUAUGUGGAUGGUGGCGCGCAUCAUCGCUAUCAUCUCGAUGUGGAUCGUCUAGACAGUGCGCCGAGCACAGCGCGACCAGUACGCCGAGCAUCAAUCGCGUCAGUUUCGCUAGAAGAUGCCAAUCGCCUGGAGUGGGUCACCCCGUUCAUUUGUCUCUUUACUUGUUAG